GUGUAUAUAUCAGAUUUUGUGGCUCCCGCUUUUCUUGAAAAUUCUUUCAUCUCUUUCAGAACAUUUUAUCAGGAACAUUGUCUGUAUACGGUGUCGUUUUGACUACAUUUAAUAUUAGCGAUUUCUAAGUACUGAAAUUCGUUUUAGCAGUACAUUGCUAAGAUUUUUAAAAUGCCUUAUGAUAAAAAAGCAGAUUUGGAAAAACAAGCUUGGGCUUGGAUACUAAAUACCACUCCAGAUGAAAUUAUUAAAAGUCAUCUUGAAUAUGCCUAUCGAAUAGGAUCUGUUAUUAAGAAGUGUAAAAAUUGCAAAAAAAAUUGUACAAGUAAUCCACGAUGUUUGACUGGAUUAGGAGAAGAAUUUUAUAUCAAAUCACAACCUGUAAAAGUUGUAACAUUAGAAAGUUCUCUAAAAGAAUUAAGAAAUCCAUCAGAGUAUGUUGGCCUAAUGAAUCUUGGUGCAACAUGUUAUGUUAAUAGUUUAAUACAAGUAUGGUUUCACAAUGAAGAUAUGAGACAAAUAAUUUUUAAAUGGAAUAUUGAAGAUGAUCCGGAUGAAAAACAAAAAAUGUUACAUGCAGAAAAAGUAAAUCAACCCUAUACUCCAGGAACUGCUGUUGGACAAUUACAGUAUAUUUUUGCCAUGAUGCAAUUUGGAAAUCAUAAAUAUCUCGAUCCAAUUAAUUUAGCAUCUGCUUUAGGUUUAGAUUUAACAACUCAACAAGAUGUACAAGAAUUUUCCAAACUUCUAUUAUGUCAUAUAGAAGGAAAAUUUCAACAAAAUACUGAAUUAACAAGUAUGUUACAGAAGUUAACCCAAGGGCAAUAUAGCUAUAUUAAUUGCUGCAAAACUUGUGGAACAGAACAUAAAACAUCAACAACAUUUUAUGAAUUAGAUCUACAAUUGGCAUCAACAUUAAGUGAAGCUAUUGAUAAAUAUUUAAUAGUAGAACAGUUGACAGGUACAAAUCAAUAUCAUUGUACUAUAUGUAAUGAUAAACAGGAUGCAACACGAUUUAUACGAUUAGAUUCUUUACCAGAUACCUUAAAUAUUCAGUUGUUGCGAUUUGUGUUUCAAAGGAUUUCUGGUCGUAAAAAAAAAUUAUCUACAUCAAUACAAUUUCCAGAGGAAUUAGAUAUGUCAGAAUAUUUAAGUUGUGUACCACGAACUCAUAUGUUUACAUUAGUGGCAGCAUUAAAUCAUAAAGGAGGAUCUGCUCAUUCAGGUCAUUUUAGUGCUAAUAUUUGUAAUUCUAAUAAAGAAUGGUUUGAAUUUAGUGAUGAUAAAGUAGAAAAAAUGCAAAGUAAUCGAAUAGAAGAUGAUACUAUUCAAGAAAAUGGAAAAGGUGGUAAACGAGGCCGCAUACCUAAAGGAUUCUUUUCAUCCAAUACAGCUUAUAUGUUAGUGUACAAAAGAUCUAAUCGAAAUAUAGAUUAUACAAAAAAAGCACUUAUAAAAAAAUUAAAUAAUUCUGCUCUUAAUGAUAUUAUUGAUUUACAAAAUCCGUCUGUAACAUUAAUAAGAGAUUCUAUGAAUAUUACUACAAAAGGAAAAAGAUUAAAAGACAAUUAUACUGAAAAAGAACAUGUACUUGAAAAAAAAUCGAAAUUUGAGAUAGAUAACCAAGCAACUGAGAAUAAUUGUUCUAAUAAAGAGAAUUCUAAUAAUGGAUCAAUUGAAGUGUAUAAAUUUGCAAAUGCUAAUGGUGAAAUCAUCUUGGAUGAUAAAUAUAAAAUAGAGCAUAUGAAAUACUCUAAUGAAAAUCUAAAUUUUAUGACAAUGAGUUGUGGUGCAAGAGAUGCUUAUGAAGAUAUUGAAUUUGAAAAAUGGGGCUUAAGUUGUAAAAUGAAAUAUUUAGUACGUCGUGAUAAUGAAGCACAUGAAUUAAGUUUAUUAGCUCAACAACAAGGAAAGCAAAAAGAAUUAGAAGAACAAAAUGAAAAACGUCAACUCGUUAUCGAUUUUUAUGAAAUGAUUUCAGUUACAAAUAUUUAUAAUGAAUAUAAAUGGGUACCAACUGAAUGGCUAUUAAAUUGGUUGAAAGGAACAAAAAAAAUGGAUCGUGAUUCACUAAAAAUAAUACAACCAGUUGAUUGUUUUAGUUUGAUGUGUCCACAUAAUAAAUUAGACCCUUUAAAAGCUAAUAAAGCCAAAUGUAUACCACUAUAUGCUGCAAAUUUAAUAUAUAAUAAAUAUGGUGGUGAAAAUGAAUUAACACAAGAAUCUUUAUGUGUGACGUGUGUAAAAAAACAAUGUAAAAAAUUACGCUUCAAAGAGCAUUUAGAAAAAGACUAUAAAGAAGUUAAUGAUAUAUUAAAAAAUAUUAAGCCAUCAUCUAGUAUUCAAGGUUGUAUUGUUGGAACAGAAUCAUUACGUUAUUGGAAGACAUUAGCAAUGAAAGAUUUUUUACGUGAUGUAGAUAAUAUUCAAUCAGAAGAAACAGAUGAAGAAGAAAACUGGAACUUUAAUGAAGAUUUGUUAUGUGAACAUAAUUCUCUUCGUGUUUUAGAUUCAAAAAGGAAAAUUGUUCCUAUUGAAGCCUGGUUAAUACUCAGAACAUAUUUUCCAAAUUGUAAUGAAUAUCCUUCAAAUGCAGUAGUCUGUUCUGUUUGUCAGGAAAACUUGGAAUUGGCAAAAAAGACAAAGGAAUUUGAUAAAGUAAAUGCAAAACUUCAAAAAGAUCAACUAAGCGAUUUAUACUAUGAAAAGAGUAGACAUAAGAUUGUAGAAUCAUUAACCUCUAAUGAACCAUGUUAUAUAAUUGAAAAAGGAUUUCUUGACACCUGGCGUUUAUUCAUUAGGUAUGCUGAAAAUUUUUCAAAAUCACCACCUGUCAAAAUUCAAAAUUCAAAAUUACUUUGUCAAAGUCAUCAUUGUUUUCUGUAUCAAGUUCAAAAUAACUGUAGCAAAGAAUAUAGCAUCGUGUCUGAGGAGGAAUGGAAAAAACUGAUGCGUUUUUAUUCAGUUGAUUAUACGAUAAAAAUGCUCAAGGUGGAUAAAUCUAAACAAUAUUAUACAGAACCAGAAACCUGUACUGGAUGCAUGUUCGACAGGUUACAACAGGAGCAAGAAAAAAAUCUGAAGUACGAAAAGGCAACAAUUUACAUAAAGCGCUUGGAAGACAAUGAAGGAAGAAGCGGCACUGAGGUAUCUGAUGGAUUAUUAGUAACAAAUAAUAGACCACUAAGAAGAGGGCGAAAGGUGAAAGGAUCACAUGAAUUAACCGUAUCAUCAGAAAAUACUUUGAAAGAAUUAAAGCUUAUGACUAUGCAUAUUUAUAAAGCAGGGCCAUAUGAUCAACAUGUAAUGCUUGGGGACCAUGAACUAACGGAUGACGAACAAACUCUCUCUACACUUGGCAUUUUACCUGGAUCUUUACUUACUUUAAGGGUUGAUAAGUCAAUAGAGAAUAGUGAUAACGAAUUUGAUGCCGUCAAUCAAGAUUAUGUGUCUCCAGAAAAAGGUUUCAAAGGAACAGAACUUGCAGGAUAAUGCUGUUUUAAAUCAAGAAUUUGUAAUUAUAAUAUGUAAAUAAAUAAAAUUAAAUAACAUAUUUUUAUAUGAAAAUCUGUAUCGCUAUUAAUGCUAAGUGCAUAGAGAUGCGAUGGAGAGAGAUAUUAAGAAAAGACUUUAAAAAAAUAUUUCAAUGUAGAUAAUGUAUGGAAAAUAUUGAAAGAAAACCAAAAACUUUCACUAAUAACUAUUCCUGUUCUGCAAACAUACCACGCAAAUGUCUUACAAGCACAUAAGUAUUAAUUAAUACAUUUAAGUACAAUUAGAUAAAAAUUUUUUAA